CGAGGGGGAUGAGCUGGCGACCUGCUGCUGCUCGGCACCAGGACCGUGCCACAAUGAGGGGAGCCAUCAUCUUCUUGGCGUUCACGGGUGCUGUCACCACCAUCUCCAUAGCCCCGCUGCAGAACCCGGUUUGGGUUUCCCCAGGGGAGAAAGCCAUCUUACCUGUCUCCCUCCAGCUCCUCAACCCUACCUGGGACUUCUACCAUAUCAAGUGGAGCUUUCUGACGGGGGAUCGCCCAGUUUUGAUUUACACAAUGGAAAGGUGCAACCAGACCCUCGCAGCAUCUGGGCAACAGUGCCAACAGAGGAUGGAGGUGGGCGAUUUCUACAAUUCAAGGGCAAAUAUCAGCUACAACACCUCGCUGGUGCUCCAGGACACCCGGCCAGAUGACGCUGGGGUUUACCAGUUGACAGUGCAGGGUCUGGAUGUGGCACACACCAUGCAGGUCACUCUGAUUUUGCAAGGUACCUUCUCCCCGUUAUUCCUCUCCGGCAACCCAGCCCAUGCCCACCUCAACCAGACAGCGCUGCUCUCCUUCUCCCUGCGGACCCCCUGCUCGGGCUGGGACUUCAUCCACAUCACCUGGGAGCUCAUCAGCAGCCCCAAGAACCAUCCCAUCCUCACCUACACCCUGGAUGGUUGCACAGGGAAAGCCUGGAACUGGUGGGAGCAGAGCUGCACCAUCUCCCAGGAGGUGGACGGGUCGUACAGGCAGCGGGCAGGCGUCCGACCGAACGGCACCCUGGCCCUCAGGGAUGUGAGGGAUGAGGAUGCAGGGACCUACCUGGUGACGGUGCGAGCCCCAGACGGGUUGGCUUGCGUGGGUGUCAACCUGUCCGUGAGCAGAGAAAUGUUGGCAGUGGAGUGGCCGAGCAUCCUCAGCAUCAUCCAAAUUGCUGCUGCUGGCGUCGUGCUCUGCUUCCUGGCUCUCAUCUUGGGAGAGCACAUGUUUUGGCGUGGUGACAAGCUGGAAAAGACCCCGGGUGGCACCUGCCACCAGUCCCAACCUCCUCCUGGGGACAACUCUGGAUGAAGAAGCCACCAAGGAUGGAGGGAGACGUGCAGAGGGCACCGAAACCCCCGCGGCUUGUUGGUUUGCCCAGACCAUCAUCUGCAACGUUAAACACUGAGCAAGAACUACUCGUAAUAGUUAAAAAAAUACGGGUUUUGGAGCCGUUUCUCCCCAAAUUAUUACCUGGGUUCCCCAUGCUCUCUGUCCGGACCCCCAGUGCUUUUAUCUACCCAUCGCUGUGGGGAGAUGCUUCCUGUUCCCUUUUUUUGCUCCUUUUUUGCACUUGAAAAAGUCCAAAGCUUUGAGCCCAAGGUGUGGGAGAGCUCUUGAAACAUACCACAGUCAUUAAUCUUAUUAAUUAUCCAUCAAACAGCAGGAGGCCCUGAAAGGGCAUCACCCCAACUUCCCGGCAACCGGUU